AUGUCAAACAUAUGGAUAGCAGCAUCAGAUAAUAAACUAGAUCAAGUGAAAACCCUUAUAGAAUCAAAACAAUUCAAUUCAAACUCAAAAGAUCCAAAUGGUUAUACACCAAUUCAUGCAGCUGUUUCAUAUGGUUAUAUAGAUUUAUUAAAUUACCUCUUGGAAAAUGGAGGAAAUAUAAAUAUCCAAGAUAAUGAAGGUGAUACUCCACUACACCAUGUUGAAGAUUUAAAAAUUGCAAAAUAUUUAAUUGAAAAAUUGAAAGCUGAUUAUAAAAUUAAAAAUAAUGAUGGAUUAACUGCUCAAGAAUUUAUUGAAGAAGAAGAUGAAUUUCCAGAAAUUUCAAAUUAUUUAAAAUCUUUAAUACAUGAUAAACCUGAAGAAUCAAAUAAUGAAUCAAAAAAUAAUAGUAAUGAAAGUAAUGAAAUUAAGAAAGCAAAUGAAUUUUUAGAAAGUCUACCUGAACCAGGUAAAAUUAAUAAUGGUCAUGAAAUUAAAUAUAGUUUACAAUCAGAUACUACGGAAAAUGAUGAAAAUUUAACAAAUGAAGAAUUACAAAUAAGAAGAGAUAAAAUUGAAAAAAUUUUAAAUAGUGAAAAUCCUGAAGAAGGGUUAAGAGAAUUAGUUACUAAUGCUGUUCAUGAAGGGCUUUUACUGUAUCAACAAGAAUCUAAUGAUGGAGAAGAUAAAGAAGAACCAAAUUUGAAAAAACAAAAGUAG